CAUUGCUUAUAUUGUUGGUAGCGAUUUCCCCUCUGAGCCGGAAUACUUGACGCGUGUAGGCAGAAAAACAUGAGACGGACUCUGGCGCCUGCACAGACGGCAGACAUGAGGGAGCGGAGCUGGAUCGCGCUCGUCCUCUGCCUGGGAUGUGCUCCGUUCUCAAUGCCGGGCGCCAGGGAGACGGGCCGACCUACCACUAAUUUGAAAGGGAGCCAGCGAGCACAAAUCAGAGCAGCAGUUGGAAGCUCGGUUACCUUAAGCUGUUCCUUCAUCUACUUUGGACAUAUAAAGGACACAAGACUCGGAAAAUUCUACGCUCAAAAUGGCCGACCAACGAUGAGCAACGAUGAUAUUGUCAAAUGCAGACCACAUGCUUCAAAACGAGUACGUCUGCAUUGCAGUUUUUCCUCAACCAUCACCAACAUCCGCCCAGAGAAUGAAACCGUUUACUACUGUGAAGUGUUCAUAUCAAGGUCCAUAGGCACCACUAAAGUGAAAGGCACUGGGACCACAGUUACACUUUAUUCUGAGGCCAGCUCUAUCAGAAUCCGGCGCCCCUUGCAGUUGGCAUCAGGAAGCGAGUCAGUGCUGACUUGCAAAGCGUCCGGGUUCUACCCUCGGAACGUUUUGGCGCAGUGGUUCCACGGCGACGCACCGGCCCCGCCCGGCAGCGUGAAGGACGUCGUCGCCGCGGCCAGCGACGGCACCUUCUCCCUGCUCAGCAGCUACGCGUUCCGGGCCCGCGCCCACGACCACGGGGUGCGGUGCCGCUGCCUGGUCUCCCACCCGACCUGGGCGAGGGGGCGGAGCGCCAACGUCACGCUGGAUGUCGGCUACGGCCCUGGCUUUGUGAACGUGACCUCUGACCCUGGGCCGGUGACACAGGGCUCGCUGCUCCUGCCUGCGGGUUCACCUCUGAGCUUCUCCUGCUCGGCGGACGGGAACCCCCGGCCAGAGACGCGGUGGCUGGGGGGAAAUGUAACAGCGCGACACGUGGGCGGGACUCUGCAGCUGGCUGCAGUACGGGAGGAAGACGGCGGAACGUAUUGGUGCGUGGCGAAGAACUUGUACGGAGAGAAGAAUGCCAGCAUCACUCUACUGGUGUCUCAGAGCCAGACGUCACCUGGUAGCCUCAGACUGCUGGCACUUUGUGUCCUGGGAGCUGUUUUGAUGAUUUUCGUUUUUUCCCUUGUCUGCCUUCUCACAAAGAGAAUGAACAGGAGUCCAGCACAUGCACAGACACUCUCAGAUUCCCGUUCUGAAGGCGCACUUCCUCCCCUCAGCGAGAGCCAGGGUGCUUCGCCGGACCCCAUCUACUCUGUGCUAGAGCUCAGCAGUAAAAGAGCAAGACAGCGGGAGCCAGUGCCCCACACUGUGGACGAAUCACAGCCGAUCUACGCCGAGGUCAAAUUCCCUCUCGCGCCCAGAAAUCGAAACAUAAUGGAAGCUACUGAAUCUACCAUUUACAGUACGGUAAUAUUUCGGAAUGCCUGAGGCCACCAUGGUGCCAGACGAAAUCGCCAAAACAGUGACCAUAGCGUGAUGGAUACGGCCUAGCUGGACGUACUGGCCAGAUCUCAGAAUGACAGUUUUUGAAAGAGACCGUUUGUGAUUGUACACUUUGGUUAGUGACGUGUCGACAAUUCACGGAUCUGCUAGGGCUGCAUUCAAAUUGUACUGUCAAGUAAAGAGUGAAAGCACUUUUAGUAUGUACUUCCCCUGGAUCUGUGGUCCGAGCAGGGUUGCUAAGGCCUACAGGCCAACCAUAAUAUACUCUUUCCCCCAAUAAAGUUUUAGCACCAAACAAUGGAACCUGAAAACCUGACAAGACUUGUAUUCGUCCAGCAUUUGUCCUCAAUUCAUCGCUCAAUUCACAAUUAAAUGCAAUUGUUCUUUUUUUGCCUUCCGCAGCAUCAUUUGGGCAGUUCACCAACAGACAUCGACAAAAUUAACUCUCCCAAUUGUGUUCGCCAAGCAAAUAACUUAACACUUGGCUUAAAGUUCACGUCUGAACCGAGGGCGUUGAUUGAAUCCAGAUGCCACUGCACACUGCCACAUGACCACAUGUGCGCAAAGAUGACGUUUCAUAGCAGGUUGGAUUUGAAUUCACCCCAUGUGAUGGUCCACAUACACAAGCUGCCUGUACAAGGCCAGACACCCUCUUACCUCUAUUGCAAACCAGCAACCCAGCAGUAGUUGUUUUUGUUUUUGCUUUCAAAAUUGUUUAUGCUGGUUUACAGCCUGUAGAUAUCUUUUCAGUGGUUUAUGGAGCAAAAUAAAGUGCACUUUAUUUA